UUUUCGGUGACUGUUGGCAACGUUUUUGUAAUCUCAGGUCGUGUGUACUUCCCGGAAAUCGCUGGCCUUGAAUGCUGACAACUGUUCUGGUGUUUGCGUCGAAUAGGACUUUGGAAUUAGUCGAUACAUAUGAACUCAGUCCACAUGUCUAACAUCAAGAUUCAAGAUUCGCGAAAACGGAAGCAAGAGAUGUGUUCAGUGUUAUCGACUGUAUCACUCACGGACGAGCCCAGUGUACACAAGUCCACCGCUGAAGAAGAAGAAACGCCAACCGGUGAGAAACCUCGGCAUCACUGGGGAAAACAGAUUGAAUUUCUCCUGUCCUGUGUGGGGUAUUCUGUUGGAUUGGGAAAUAUAUGGCGGUUUCCGUACCUUUGUAUGCAGAAUGGGGGCGGUGCAUUUCUAGUUCCUUACAUUUUAUACCUUAUAAUAUGUGGAACUGCACUAUUUUUCAUGGAGACUGCUAUUGGACAAUCAACGGGCCUAAGUACGAUCCGGAUAUUCAGUAUGAUUCCAUUUUUCUCUGGUCUCGGAUGGUGCAUGGUAUUUGCCUCUGGAAUCCUGUCCAUUUAUUACAAUAUAAUAGUGGCCUAUACAAUAUACUACAUUGGAAUGUCGUUCAACUGGGUCUUGCCUUGGAGUCAUUGCAACAAUCCGUGGAAUACGCCUCAAUGUUUCUCCUUUAGUGGGAACGAUACAAACAACCAAAGUCUCAUCGGAUUGUCUACGGGUAUGAGACGUACUGCCGCCGAAGAAUUCUGGAGAUACAAUGUCCUUGAAAUCAGUGAGGAUAUCAGCGUUCUAAACGGUAUUCAGUGGAAGCUACUUUUAGCACUUAUCGCUGCGUGGAUUCUCACUUUUGUUUGCAUGUGUAAAGGAAUAUUGUCAAGUGGAAAGGUGGUAUACGUCACUGCAACCGCACCAUAUAUCUUCCUUACGGUAAUCCUCAUUCGUGGAUGUACCCUUCCAGGCGCUUGGUACGGAAUCAAAUUUUACAUUGUACCAGACUGGAGCAGGCUAAAAUCGAUAGAUGUUUGGAUUUCCGCUGCCACGCAGAUAUUCUACUCUCUGGGACCUGCUUGGGGAGGACUGAUUACCUUCGGAUCGUUCAAUAAAUAUACGCAUAAUGUCCAGCGUGACGCGAUUCUCAUUCCAAUAAUCUGUGGUUCAACAAGCAUUUACGGUGGAUUUGCAAUAUUCUCCGUGAUUGGACAUUUGAUGCACGCGACCGGCACAAACGAUACUGAGCAAUUCGUACAACAAGGUCCAGGGCUAGCUUUCAUAGCCUACCCACAGGCGCUGACCAUGCUUCCUGGAGCAGCGAUUUGGAGCGUGUUGUUUUUCUUCAUGCUUUUCACACUUGGCAUUGACAGUCAGUUUUCUACACUAGAAGCUGUUACGACCGGCCUUAACGAUCGGUUUCCUCGGAUCGUGAGAAGGCGCCGAAUGCUGCUCACGCUGGCCGUUUGUUUCGUAGAAUUCCUCCUGGGCCUAAUUCUGGUUACAAGGGCUGGAUUCUACUAUUUCGAACUGUUGGAUACGUACGCAACCGCCUUCAGCGUUGUAGUAAUUGGUUUUCUCGAAUCCAUUGUGAUCAGCUACCUGUACGGAGCCCAACGGCUGUUGGACGACAUCGAAUGGAUGAUUGGUCCCAUGCGCAAGGUGACUCGUUACUGGUGGAUUUUGCUGUGGUGCUUCUUCGUCCCAGUGCUCACGUUUGCAAUAAUUGUAAGCACGUUCGUUUCCCAUGCACAGUCGGCCGAGGAGAAAUUGAAGAAAUUCCCUGAGUGGGCAAUUAUCAUCGGUUGGACUAUUUCGUGUUUGUCUUUCGUGCAAUUCCCGAUAAUGGCCAUAGUAGCGGUCGUCAGGCACGGUUGCAAUUGGAGAAAGCUUUUUCGUCCGGAUGAUGAGUGGGAAAUCGUGGUGCAAACCAGGCGGAAAGAAUGCCAAUCCAGCUAUGAGUUGCCAGUCUCGAACGGAAAACUCGAAAAUUGAAAAGGAUUGAACCGAUUUUACUUCGUAACUGUAAUCUCCAAUUAUCGUAUCAAACAAUUUAAAUGUGCAACCAUGUAGCUAUCGCUAUUAAGAAGUAGAAAUUGUGUGCAAAUAAAUGUUAAAUUUAUUGUUCAU